UUUUUAACGGAGAACAAAAAUGCGGUGGAUCAAUAAUUUCUGAGCAGUGGAUAGUCUCUGCUGCACACUGUUAUCACAAUGAUCAUGUAGUUACGGUUAUCUCUGGAUCAAAACACAUGGAAAAAGGACAGCAACGUGAAGUUGAGAAAAUCAUCGUUCACUCAGAUUACAACUCAAAUACAAUUGAUAAUGACAUUGCUUUGCUCAAGCUGGCAAAACCAAUUAAGUUCAAUGCUAAACAAAAGCCAAUCGCCAUCACAACUACACCGCCAAAAGCAGGACAGACCAUAAAAAUUUCUGGAUUUGGAUACAUAGCUGAAGGAGGUCCAGACUCGCCACUUCUAAAAGCAGCUCUGGCUCCGGUAGUUAGUCGAAAGAAGUGCCAAGAAGCCUACUCUGACGACGAUAUCACGGAAAAUAUGUUCUGCGCUGGUAAAGGAGCAACUGAUAAUUGCGAAGGAGAUUCUGGUGGCCCUGCCGUCAUCGACAACAAAUUAGUCGGUAUCAUUUCUUGGGGCUAUGAGUGCGGAUCUCCGAAAAAUCCUGGCGUGUACACGCAAAUAUAUAGAUAUCGCAAAUGGAUCGCCAAAAAUACGGGGCUUAAAUUAUUUUCGCUGAGCGGCCGUCAAUAUAAAAGCACGUUACGCAGCGUGCACACUUGCUUUUCGUUCGCGCUCUUCAACAUGAAGCUCUUGUGCCUUAGUCUUACGCUCCUAAUUGCAGGCGCGAACUGCUUCUACGUCGACAAUACCGGUCGCGAGAAGGAUAAGAUCGUCGGAGGUGACUAUGUUCCGAUCACGGAAGCGCCGUACCAAGCUCAACUUCUACAAUUAGGUUCCGCUAUCUGUGGUGCCACCAUCAUCUCUGAAUACUGGCUCGUAUCAGCUGCUCACUGUUUCGAAGACACGUAUGGCAUGUCUAUCCUUACUGGAUCUACGUACAGAUCUAAAGGAGGUCAAAAGCACCAAAUUGAGAAAGUCAUCAUUCACCGCGGAUACGAUGAGUACACCAACGAUAACGACAUCAGUUUGAUUAAGUUGGUUAAAUCAAUCAAGUUUAACGAAAGACAGAAGGCUGUCUCACUCGCCAGGGUAGCCCCGAAAACUGGUGACAAAAUGAUCGUCUCUGGAUACGGAAAGGAAGGCGAAUACCAAAGAGCUUCGACCACUCUGAAAGUAGCAACGGUCCCGGUAGUCGACCAAAAGACGUGUGCACGCAGGUACAUUAGGGACCCAAUCACCAACAACAUGUUCUGCGCCGGUAAAGGACCCACUGACGCCUGCCAGGGAGAUUCCGGUGGCCCAGGUGUGAUUGAUGGUAAACUUGUCGGUGUAGUUUCUUCCGGCAUGGAGUGCGGAUCCACGUACUACCCUGGAAUUUACACGAGAGUAGACAAAUACUACGAAUGGAUCGUCGGACACACGGGAAUCGGCCAGUCAUAAUAAUUUAGCUUUAGGACGUUUACAUUAUAUUUAUAAUUUUUUAUUUAUUGUUACAAGAUCGUAUACUUUGCAUUAAGUAAAUAAAACCACAUUUGAUACAAGAAAAUGUAUCAUACA